ACGUGGGGUAUGAUACUCUGAUGAUGUUAUUAUGAACAACAAAAAUCACACAAUUUACUCGACAUUUAUCUUAUAUGAGUAUUAUAUAAUUAUUAAGUCGACUUCUUCGUUAGAAGUUACAGUUUUUUAUUUUUAGGUGCAAAAUUAAAAAUAAUCAAUUUUUUUGUAUAUUCACCACGCUUUGAAAAAGGACUUCUAUAGGAAAUAACAAUGAACCCACCUCCGCGUAUGUUUAAUUCAAAUAUUCAACCUCCAUACCAAACAAAUUUAGCUUACCAACAACCUCAACAGUUACCAUACCAACAACCACCGCCUCCAUAUCAAACAUCACCGAGACCUUUUCAGCCACCACCUCAACAGUUUGGACCUAGAUUUCAGACGCCAAAUCAACAACACUUCACACCACCAAAUCAAUUUUAUAAUCCUCAUAAACAACACCACGAUCAUCAAGGUCCUCCUUACCAACAGACUACUCCAUCUCCUCAACCAUUUUAUCCACCGUCUACACCUCCCGGCUUCGAUCAAUUACCAAAACCCCCAUACCAAUCUCCUGGCGCGAACUAUGAACCUGUACCGCCAAAUCUUCCUUAUCCACCACCGUCGAAUUCUCACUUCAAUCAAGCGCCCAUACCUCCUCCAUCAGGGCCUAACUUCAAUCAAGCACCUAUACCUCCUCCAUCAGUACCUAACUUCAAUCAAGCACCUAUACCUCCUCCAUCAGGACCUAACUUCAAUCAAGCGCCAAUUCCACCAGUAUAUCAACCUCCAGGUCCAAUGUAUCAACAACCUGUUCAAAGUUAUAACCGACCUCCGUACGCAGUUCCUCCUCAACAGAAUUACAACCAAAUGUUAACACCACAGUCUCCAACUCGCAGAUUUUGCCAAGUACCGAACAAUCCUUAUCAAGCCCACGGACAGCGUGUUGAAAUUCAACGAUAUCCACAACAGCACGAACCUCCGUACAAUUUAUCUGGACAAGAAUUCAAUCAAUCGAGACCUCCUUAUAGGCCGCCCGGACAACAAUUCAGACAACCUUUUAGACAUCAAAACGCUAGAUUUGGAUCGCCACCAAACAAUUUUUCCAGACCACAAUUUCACCCGAGGCAACAGCACCAUCAAAAUUACCGUACGAACGACCCUUCUAGUUUCAACAAUCAACAGAAAUUUUUCAGUGAACCAAAAAAAGAUAAACCACAAAUUGCAUGCAACAAAGGCGAUUGUGAUUUUGUAGGGCACGCUAGUGCCGUAAGAGAACAUCAAAAUUUGCAUCACAGAUUUGGUUUACACAAGAAAGUAUUGUACAGCAAUAGUUCGGAUGCCGUAAAAAAAUGGAUCGAAGAGAGGAAAAAAAAGUGGCCGACCAAAGAAAUUGCUCAACUAAAGUUAGAAAUUGAAGACGAAAAAAAGAAAAGGGGUGAACGUAUUGCCGAUGAAGAUUUUCAUAGAUUCAACAACAAAAAUGAUAAAUUUAAUCGCAACGGUAAUGGCGGACGCUUUAACAACAGAAAACGACCCAAAUUUGAUGGCACUUACACGGAACCUCCAGAAGAACCAAUGAAUGGAAACUUAAAUCGUUUUCCUGGCAUAAAUGAAAUACUAAUAAAAGAAGAAGCCAUGAAAGACGAGGCCCGAAAAUCUGGUUCCUUAAAGUUGUUAGAAGAAUAUGAAUGUAGUGAUAAUGCUAGUGAUGAUGAUAAUGAUGAAGAUGCCCCCGAAGAAGUGGCUAUUGUCAAAGAAUCCGCCUCACUAAAAAAUUAUUGUUCUUUGUCUACUAAAGAAUGUGAUGUUCAACAAGACCAAAUUUUGAUGACAAUCGAUGAUACAGAGCAAAACAAAGAUAAUAAUAUUACAACAAUGGACACAAAUGAUACGCAGGAAAAUGAAAAUGAAGAUUUGGCUUCUGCAAAUGACAAACCAGAAAAAAUUGAUAAAGAAAAUAAUAUGAAUAACAAUGAAAUAAAGGAAAAUGGUGAAAUCGAAAAUACUCAAAAAAGAAAAAGGCCCCAAAAAAAAGAUGGCAAACCGGUAAAGAAAGUUCCACCUCCCCGAACUCCAAGAAACGAAGUGAUGGAGAGAAAAGCUGCUCUUUUAGAAGCAUUGAUGGGCAAUUUGAUGCGCAGCGAGCGGAACACUAUAACACAGUGUAUUUGUUACAUAAGGAACAAUAUGGAUCGGUUCACCAAAAGUCAAACGGCUUAAUUUUUUAUUUUUUUAAAAAACAAACAGUAAUUCCUGAAAGUACAACUGGUUGACAAACAUUUCAAUAGAGCUUUCGAAGAUUAUUGAUUCUGUUGUUAUGUGAUAAAAUGUGAAAAUUGUUAAACAACAGUACAUCGAUUACAUUGAUUUUUUUAUUUAUUGUACUUUGCAAAUUGUUAAUAUUAU